AUGUCAUUAUUUAAUACUAGAAAUUAUUGGUCGACCAUAUGUGGUGACAAAAACACAGAAGUGUUUGAUUCUCAGUGCAUUUGUUUAUCACAAUUAAAUAGCGAAUUUGAUAAAAUUUUAAUUGGGAAUCAUGAUGGAUUUUUGUGGAUAUUUGAACCCAAAUCUGAACGUUCUGAGGAUGGUACGGUUAAAAUGGGCUAUCGUGCAAUUGAUCAAUUAUUGGAAGUGCAACUAACACAUCCUGUAAUACAAAUUGGUGUUGGAAGAUUAGUUUCCGGUUCUCAAGAGAUAUUCAUCGGUAUUUUACAUCCACAAAGUUUCGUGGUUUAUAAUUUAGUUACCAAAAAGGGCCUUGCAGAUCAUGGUGAUCAAAGUCAAUUAUUAUUAAUAUAUGAACAUAAAUUACAAAGAUCCUCAGCUAAUUUUGUGUUGGGAUCAUUUGGAGGUGUAAAUAAACGGGAUUUUACAUGUAUUCAAUCGUUAGAUGGUGUAUUAACAUUUUUCGAACAAGAAGUUUUUGUAUUUUGUUGUUUUUUACCAGAAUUUUUAUUACCUGGACCAAUUGUAUAUGUUCCUAGAUCAGAUUUAUUUGUUACAAUGGGAUCGGACUGGAAUGUUCAUGCUUAUAGGUAUCAAUUAUUAUCAGAUGCAGGAGUGUUAUCCAAUGAAAGUCAAACAACCGGAAAACGUUUAAUUUCCGAUUGGACUUAUGAAUUGUCUGAAUCGACAAUUGAUAUGGUAUCAUUACCAAACAAUAGUUUUGAAGAUUAUAUUGUAAUUUUAGGUGAACAUAAUUUAUAUUGUAUGAACGAUUUGGGAAAAUUAAAAUUUAUGAAACGAUUUGAAUUCAUUCCAUUAUGUUUUCAUCCAUAUUUAUUAGAAAAUAAAUUAAUGAUUUUGGUUGUAAGUGAUACGAAAACAUUGCUUGUGUAUGAAGCGAUAACCUUACGAUGGUCAGCACAAAUUGAUUUUUUACCUGUAGCGAUUGUACGUGGUAAUUUUAAUGGAUUACAAGGUGGAAUAACAUUAUUAUCGGAAACUGGAGAUGUACAAUGCUGUUAUUUGGGUACAAAUCCUUCACAAUACAUAGUACCUCCACUUGUAAAUCAAGAUAUUGAUUUUGCUGUAGCUGAAGAGGAAUUACAAAUUUUACAAAAGGAUAUUGAUUCGCGACAAAGUGUUAAUGUGAUUAUUUCAUGUAUCACCAUAAAUGGUGUACCACGAGUUUUACGAAAGUUUGGCCAGAUACCAUUACGAUUAGCUUCAAAUGUAUGUGCACCCGUUAAAGAGAGUGCUGUCAAAAUUACUUUAAACACCACCGAACCGGUUGUUUCUUUGGCGACAUUGUUUCCAGAAUUUGCUGGAGAAAGUGCAUUAUCACUUAGCAGUAAUGCAAUUGGAUUUGUUCAAUUAACGAAUCCAUCGAAUAUAGUUACUAUACUAGCAGCAAAAUCAUCACAACGCUAUCGAUUACAAUCUGAUUCGAUUGCAUCAUUAAAUUAUUUAACGCAAGAUCUAAUUUUACGUUUGAAAAAACAUUUUAUCAAACAAAAAGAUUUUAAUAUUACACAAACUUCUACAUCGUUACCAAUAUCACAAUUAUUAGAUGCAAUUGAUCGACAUUUUAAGAGUCGACAAAAUGUUUUAGAACUACAAACAGAAUCUGCACAAUAUGCAACUCAAUACCGUAUGAUUGAAAAACGUUUAAUGUCCAAAUUAAAAGAGAAAACACCAUCCACAUUAACAAAUCUACAAAUGUUGCUGGAUGAUACUAACGAUUUAAUGUUAAAAUCAUUGUAUAAUUUAGAAGAAAGUUUUUCAAUACUGGCAUUGAAUCAAACACGUUUAUCAAGUACUUUGUAUUUAAUUUUAUUGUUAAUUGAAUUAUCUGGUGUACCAAAAUCGAUUUAUCUUGAAUUAAAAUCAGCAUUGAAUUGUUCAGUUGUUGAAAAUGAUAAUCAGGGUUGGGAAGAUGUGGUAGAUAUUUCUUUGAAUCAUUUACUUCGUACGGUCUUCGCUAAAUCUGAAAAAGAUACAUAUCGUGCAAAUGUUGAAUCACUAACACGACUCGAAGAUAUCAAUAAAUUUAAGAAACAUUUACAUAAUAUUUUAGAGCGAGUUAUGAAAAAUAUGCAAUUUACAACGGAUUUACAAGAAGAUAUUGAAAAUGAAACGAUUGAUGAAGAAAAACCGAGUAGUCUUCAAGAAAAUCCAAAUACAAAGCAAAUUAUUCCCAUUGGUUCUCGCUUGGGUGAAUUAAGAACUGAGCGACCCCCGAGUGGCAGAGCAAAAACUCCAGCAUUGUUACAGGUACUUAAGAGGUUUAAAUUAUAA